AGGAGGAGGAGGAGGAGGACAUUAAACACUGAGGAGAUACACCAUGUGCGUUCACAGAUCGCUUGAUCUCUGACGGAUUUUGCAUGACAGACAGCCGAGCCUCACUGGAUGUCAUAAUGUAUCUACUCUUUGAUAUCAAUCCAAUCUUCAGCAGUCCAGGACGUUUUGAACGCUUAAAAGGAUUUUGACUCACAUCCUCAACACACACACAGACAGACAAAUAGACAGACAGAUUCAUUAAGAACAGCCACUGGAGACUUGUUAAAAAAAAAAAUAAAAAAAAAAUAACAAGAAUCUGAUGCUCAGGAUGUACUGUAAGAAAAAUCCACACCAAAUCAGACCGCAACAACCACAUCAGCUCCACGCUGCACACAGAGAUGAUACCACAGAGAUAGUCGUCCAUUAAAGACUGCAACAUACGGACAUGAAAACAUUGGUUUUACAGGCCCCUCCUUUACCGUUGUAGUAGGGGAAUGAAUACAGGCUCACGUUUACUCACAGUGUAGAUAUAGCCAGCCGAUGACAGAAGACUCACAUCCUGACUCUGGAGAGGAUAAGAGCAACUGAGGAAUUUCAGGUUUUCCAGGGUUGAAUCUACAUUUUUAGAGAGGUAGCAAAGUAUUGUAUAAUCUGCAGGAAAGCAAAGUCGUCUAUAUGGAAAAGACUCAUAUUCUUAGUAAGGAGAGGUUUAAAGGGCUCUUCAGGACAAGCUGUAGAUGGUACCCAUGGACAUGUUAGUUACUCUCACACACAUAUAAAGACCACUGGGACAAGACACACUGACGCACUCCCAGGCAGGGCAGCUGAGAGGAACAGAAGCUUGGCACUGACGCAAAUUCCCCCAGAGGACUUCACCACCAUGAUGGAGAAGCUGAACCCCACCGGCACACCUGCAUCUCCCCCCAACCUACAUCGCUCCUCCUCCUCAUCCUCAGCCUCCUCCCCAUCCUGUGCCUCUGUAGAGCAGCGCAGUCCCCUUCAGGACAAGACACCCUCGGACGCUGUCAGCAGCCCGCAUCCUGCUAACAAGACAGGGCACAAGGGACACACGGAUGUCCCCGCUGCUGGCUCGAUUCGGUCCCCCAUUGCCACGGCGACGACGUUAACCAGUCAACACGCAGAUAUAGAUACAGCUGCUGCACCUGAGCCCAUUGUCAUGGAGACCGAAGAAGAGGAGGAGGAGGAGGAGGAGAGGCGGGGAGGACCAACAACCACAACAGCUCCUGCUGCUUCUGCCAACGGGUCCCCAACUCUUUCCUCUCCACCUCCGCUCCUCCCGGCACCAGCCAAAACAUCUCCAUGCCUACUACCACCUCCAACCUCCACCACAUCUUUCCCUUCAUCCUCGUCAUCCUCUUCUCUCCCUCCACACAUUCCAGUCAUCAGUCUCGGUCACAGCAAACCCCCUCUCCCGCUCACCAAUACCCCUUUGACUGCCCUUCACCCAAUUCCCAACCUCCUACAUGGUCCCCAUGGGGACCCCCGCCGCAGUCAACUGACCUGCUUGCCUGUGGCCAGCCCUGGAGCUUCUGGAUCUUCUGUAGGUUCUGGGGGGCCUUCAGCUCCCUCCCCAGGACCCCUGUUGCCUCAGCAGUACCUGUCUACAUACCCCUUCUUCACCAGUUCUUACCUGGGUCCCUCAGGAGGAAACUAUGGUGUCAUCAACAACAGCAGGAUCAAGAGAAGACCCUCAUCACACUUUGAGAUGGAGAUCAGCGAAUGCCCUCCUCAGAAAAUUGCUCGCCGUGUCUUCACCAACAGCCGUGAGCGAUGGCGACAGCAGAAUGUGAAUGGGGCUUUCUCUGAGCUGCGAAAACUCAUUCCCACACACCCACCUGACAAGAAGCUCAGCAAGAAUGAAAUCCUGCGUCUGGCUGUGAAGUACAUCAACUUCUUGGUCACUCUGCUCAACGACCAGGCACAGGAUGAGAGCAGGGACUCCGCUGAGGAUGAGGCUGAGGACCAAAGCAUCACAGUUAGUUUGGACAAACUGAACCCUCUUUUUCAGCAGUGCGACACUCCUCCCCCGUCGCACGCCGCCCCACCAUCCUCAGCCCGUCCCGCCUUGGCGACAGUCCACAGAGACAGAGACUCCACUGACUCAGUCGUUGCUCUGGCCUCCCCAGCAUCGUCCAGUUGCUACGGUGACACGGACAGUGAGGAAAGCUUUGGGGCUAAGACCUCUUUGGUGACCCAGGGCAUUCUGGGAAAGGUCAAGGGUCAAAUAAGGCUGGUGGCGGCCACAAAUGAUGAGCGGUGACAACAAAAGACAGCAAACAGCAAACAAAGAGGAGUUUAAAUGUCACACAGGGAAGGACACACAAUCAUCGCCAGAUACCAAAAGUAGUGUGAAUAAGUAAGGGAUGGAUUUUUCUGGAUAUUUUGUAGUCUGUGUGUUUUUCAGUGAUGUGCUAACACUGAGUAUGAAGAUCCUUGUUUUAGGAAUAUGCUGAACUGUGCUCUGGGGCAAGUUGAGAGGCAUGAAACAUCAGAGCAUUCAAAUAGACUCAUACAUGUUUUAUAUCCAAACAAGGUCACAAUGUUCCUUUAUUGAACAUUACACCUCAAUAUCAAACAAUAUGGAUCCAUAACAUGGAUGAAUUAUGCAAAACGGGAUCCUGGAAAUCUAAUUAAAUCGCCUCAUGCUGGAAUUAUGUGGAAACGAAAUGUUGAUUUCUUUGUGUUAAUAACAAAAAUCUAAUUAUCCUUUCUCAGUCAAGAAAUUUCAGGAUCUUGAAUUCCUCCUCUGUAGACGCAUAAAAAUGUUAUAUCUCUCACAAGAGGGUUAAAAACCUGAUUUCUUUUGUUCGGGUCCAAAUGCGACCUCAGAAAUUUACAUGUAAAUAAGCAGCAUUGCCCUAGUACAAUUAUGGUGUCACACACUCUGUGCCAGCAGAGAAGCGCAUGACAUGCAUUAAUGAAUUGAAGUUGCAGCUUUCAUGUUCCUGCCGUUCUCGCUGUCAGAGAAGCAGGCUCGAUGGUCUCACCCUGACAUUGUGACACACUUGUACCAGACAGAAAUAAAGUGUGUUUUAGUUUGCUGUUCCUUAUUUGACAUCCUCUUAUUGCGUUCCAAAGACUGCCCUUUGUCAGCACGAUUUCUCAACACAUCCAAAAGUUUUGCCGUGCUUGUCAAAUGUUUAGGGAACAUUUGUGAAUCAGAUUAAUCUCAGUUGAUCAUAACAACUAUUAGAUGUUAACUGUAUAAAUGCAGUGGUAUUGGGUUUGGGUUGAAGAACCCACUGAGAUGUAAAUGCUUGAUUUAAAAUGUUGAUAAAUCAUGCCAUAAAUUAUGUUCAUAGAUCAACACAACAACCACAAAUGAUUAAAAUAGUUAGUGAUGUGAUAAAUGUAACGCUGACACUACUGUGAUAAUCCCAGCCAUAGAAAAAGGAAAAAAUAAUUUAACAGACACAAGUCUAAAAAGAAUUGUUGUUGAAGUGUUGGAGUUUUCCCGAGCAGUGUGUUGUACAUAUAUUGCAAAUGUUUUCAGUGGUGGAAGAAGUACUCUUCACUCUUCUAUUUUUAAUACCAUUGUGUAAAAAUAUGUUACUAAGUUAAAAGUCUAGCAUCCUGCAAAAUAAUUGGCAGUAAAGUAUUUAAGUUCUCAGUGGAUUCUAAUUAGUGAUGCAUUAGUGUGUAAGCAUCACUAAUGUAGCAGCUGGUAAAGGCUAAUCUCAACUAUUUCUAUACUGCCAGAUAGCUGAAACUAUAAUAAUGCAUCAUAACUUAUGAGCUGAUUUAUUAUUUGUAUUAAUAUCCUGCAAGUAACUAAUGUUGUGAAAUAAAUGGAGGAGUAAAAACCAUAAUAUUGGCUUCCAAAAUUUGGUAGAGUUCAAAAUAGAAUAAAAUGGAAAUAGUCAGUUCAAGUACCUCAAAAUAUUGUACUUAAGGACUGUACUUGAGUAAAUGUACUUACAGUACAUGUAGUCACAUUCCACCACUGUAUGUUUUUGAUUGGUUUGUGCAUAUUGUAUGUGUGUGUGCAUGCAAGCAAUUAAGUGGAUGUGCAACCAGCAGAAGAUUUAUGUAACAACAACAAUUGUAGGUGUGCGGUUGUGUGUGAGGGAGGUCAGGGUGGAUGUGGGAUGCGGUUAGAGAUGGGGCUCAGCACGGUGGUGGGGUUGUAUAAGUGAGAAGUUUGGGGGUAGCCUGGGGUGAGUUGCAGCUGUGCAGUGGUGCUGGUGUCUCUCUGCCUGCGUGCUGGGCUCUAUCAAGUGGCCAGGAAACGCCUACAGUUAGUGCUGUCUCAUUGACGGCCAACGAGUUUCCUGGAGGAGGGGUGUUGGCGGUGCAUGUGUGUAUGUGUGUGCGUUUGAUGGGUGUUUGGACAUGUGGGGUGGCAACCGCUAUAUGGAAGAAAGGGAGAGGGGAAAAACUAAAAAAGGAUAUAGCCACCAGGAUGCUCUGGGAACCCCUUACACACCCGGUUUCGGGACCACACAACAGGAAGAGCUGCUUUCACAACACUACUACGGCUGCCUCUGCCCGCUCUGCUGUGCCAGGCCGUUCUGUCCCCUCCCUGCUUCACUAUGAAACCACAGACUGUGGUAGGGGUCACACAAAUUGAAGGGGUACCGCAGUAUUCUGCAAUUGCACACACCAAAGUUUAUGCCAGUUGCAAUUGCUGUGUUGUUGAGUAAUUUACCAAUAAAUGAUUUGUAGAUAUAAUUCCAGCACACUCUUACAGAAGGCCUACUUGUGUCAUGGUGCGAUGAUGCAUUAGAAUAUAAACCAACAGGCCUUUCUCACAGCACACAUUUGGCUUGUCAUAGCAGGAAUAGCACAUUAAAACAACUGCACUCCCUUUAGGUGAGCCUGUUCCAGGGUCCUGGUAUUGGCUUACUGUGACACUUAAUAGAAGUGAGCCAUUCUAAACUUGUUUCACCUGUACUUUUCCUGCUAUGAAAAGUUAUGCAAAACUGCCACGAAAAAGGUCUAAAGAUGUGUUCAAAUUUACAUUUUCGCCUUGCGUUAUUUAAAAAUUUGACAGCUGGGCGUUUGUGCAGUUUCUAUUUAUUCAUCACAAACAACAGCUAAUGUACUGCCUAUAGGCUACAGACACAUGUACUAACAAUGUGUUGCUUAUGCAUAGAUGAUAUAGUUUUUCUUUUCUAACUAAAUAAUUGAUAGUUAAAAUCCAAAAUACCCAAUUAUGAUCUAACAUGCAUUUGUAAUUUCUUCAAAUUCUUGACGAAUACAUGAUAAAGUAAUGAAGAAGUCAUGCCCAGUUAAUCAUGAUUACAAGUCUGGAAUUCAACAGAGUACACAUGCACUUACUCAUGAAGAAGACAUGAACGUCUGCAAUAACUCAGAAAUCAUUAUGAUUAAAAUAUCUUAGUUGUAGCAUUAAUGUAUUGUUCUAGCAUUAAGUCAUGCAUGAGAUACUGUUCAUUCUGUUCUGUUACAUUCCUGAUUGUUCGUGAAGUAUUACAUGAAUGAAUUAAUGCUUUUUCAUGAAUUAAUUCAUGCAUGAAUCCAUGAUAAUUCAUGUAGCCUUACCAUUAACCUAAAAUUUGCUCUAUGUUCUGCUCACAGCUUUAAACUUACCUUUAAACUUUUUUUUAAAUCACCCAGCUUUUAAGCUGAUAUUAAUUCUUAGCUAUUUAUUCAAAAAUAUUAGGAACUCCUUGUUGUUCAUAGUCCCCCUUUAUCACGUUAUCUCUUUUCCAUCUGAAAUCCACUGCCUGAAUUCACCUGCUCAGCCUGUUUAAGGGUAAGGGCGAGCUGUUCUAAUGUGUGCGUGUGUUUUCAUGGAUCUAAAGGACUUCUUAUUGGAUAUUAAAUAUUGCAAUAACUAAUAUAGGUCAAAAAGUGAAAACGUAUAACUGCUGGGAUGUUAAUCUUCUCUCCUUCGUCUGAUACAGGAGGCCAAGCAGGGUGAUGUUGGCCAGCCUGGGACUCAGAGAUAAUGUCCCUGCCACCACCCCUCUGUUGUGCCCCUCUUGAGUCACACCCACGUGCACACAGAAAUACCAGUAGCUUUAUUUCACAAGUCACACGCAGAACCUUUAGCUUAGCUUGCAGCUUUUUAUUGCAGAGAUUUAGCAAGUUGUGAGGUUUAAU